GUCACCGGCCCUACAGGGGCAGGGAAGUCGACAUUCAUCAAUCGCUUAUGCGGUUCAGACCUGAAAGUAGGAACGAGCCUCCGAUCGUGUACGACCAACAUCGAUGUCGCAUCCUGCAUGAUGGGCGACACCAAAGUCGUGCUUAUUGACACGCCCGGCUUCGACGACACGACAAAGUCGCAGGCGGACGUUCUAGAAGACAUAGGCGGGUUUCUAAAGAGGACAUACGAACGAGACAUGUUGCUGUCCGGAGUCAUCUACAUGCACCGCAUCUCCGACCGGCGCGUCGGAGGAAUCGCUGUAGAGAAUUUCCGGCUUUUUGGGAAGAUAUGUGGGCCGAGCGCGAUGAAGAACGUCCUCAUCGUCACCUCGAUGUGGGAGGACGUCCCGGAGGAGGUCGGAAGCGCACGAGAGCAGGAGCUGGCCUCCAAACCCAUCUUUUACCAGCCGGCGAUCGAGGCAGGAGCGCAGAUGAUCCGCCACUACAACCACGCAGAAUCUGCCCGUAUAGCAGUUUCGAUACUUCUGGGCAAUUCAGCCCAGAUGCUCCAGAUGCAGUACGAGCUCGUGGAGCAGAAGAAGCAAGUACCCGAAACCGCUGCUGGCGUUGACUUG